UAGACUUAGAGAAACUCCACUCUGUGAGAAUUCGGUUCGUAUUCAUGACCCUCAUUGUAGGCGAGGCAACGCUGGCUGCAAAUAUUGUUGGCGUCAACUGGGGAAGGAUGGCAACCCAUCAACUCCCUCCAUCUCUCGUGGUUCAGAUGCUGCGGGAUAACGGCUUCAAGAAGGUGAAGCUGUUCGAUGCAGACGAGAAGACCAUGAGGGCACUCAUGGGCUCCGGCAUAGAGGUGAUGCUCGCCAUCCCCAACUACAUGCUUCAGUCCCUCGGCGAGGACUAUGGAGUUGCAGAGGAUUGGGUCGCACAAAAUGUCACCCGCUUCAUCCGCAAUGCUGGUGUUAACAUCAAGUAUGGACCACACUUUGUAUUCACAAUUGAAACUGCUGCAAAGAAAUGCUGCCAAACUUACGGCGAUGCAAUUUACAGGUAUGUCGCAGUAGGCAAUGAACCAUUCCUGAAAGCAUAUAACGGUACCUUUGCCAGUGCAACUCUUCCGGCGCUCCAGAACAUACAAGAAGCUCUCAACAAGGCCAAUCUAGGGAACCGUAUCAAGGCCACUGUUCCCAUCAAUGCUGAUAUCUACAACUCUCCAGCUUCUAAUCCCGUACCCUCUGCCGGUGAGUUCCGGCAGGAAGACCGUGGCACUGUUCUCCAAAUCGUUCGUUCCUUAUCAGAGAAUAAUGCACCUUUCACCGUGAAUAUAUACCCUUUUCUGAGUCUAUAUGUCAAUCCCUAUUUCCCCGUGGAGUUUGCCUUCUUUGAUGGUCGUGCAGAGCCCAUACAGGACGGUACUGCACUGUAUACCAACGUCUUUGAUGCAAAUCUUGACACUCUUGUAUGGUCGUUGAAGAAAGCUGGAUAUCCAGACAUGCCAAUUUUGGUUGGAGAAGUAGGCUGGCCAACUGAUGGUGACAAGAACGCAAAUGUCAAGUAUGCACAGAGGUUUAACCAGGGAUUGCUCCGCCAUGCCAUGAGUGGAGAAGGGACACCUCUUAGGCCUGGCAAAAUUGAAGUUUACCUGUUCAGCCUUAUAGAUGAGAAUGCCAAAAGCACUGCACCAGGAGCAUUCGAACGGCAUUGGGGCCUCUUUGAGUAUGAUGGAAAACCAAAAUAUGAGUUGGAUUUGUCUGGUCACCAGGAGAACAAGGCUCUAGUGAGUGCAGUGGAUGUGGAGUACCUGCCUAGGAAGUGGUGCGUCCUGGAUCCAGACCAAAAGGACUUGAUAAGCAGUAGGGAGGCAGUAGAAUAUGCAUGCAGUCAUGCUGACUGCACUGCCCUUGGAUAUGGGUCAUCAUGCAACCACUUGAGCCUGCAGGGAAAUGCUUCUUAUGCAUUCAACAUGUAUUAUCAGAUGCGGGGUCAGCAUAGUGAUGAUUGUGAUUUCUCUGAAGUUGCAGUGCAACAGCACAAGAUAGUAACCUGA